GCUCGUGGGCGCAGAUAUGGCGGACAAUACUUGAGAAACGAAAACUUCUUCGGGUUCUUCAACAAUGCAGGACGAGAAACUGUUAGAGGUUUCAUUGGAGGCAGUGGCUAGCCGGGUUCAGGAGCUAAAGGAAUCAAUACAGGCCUUCCUAGCCAAACUUGAGCAUGAACAGCUGAGUUGGCCUUCAGUUUUGGAUAACUAUGCUCUUUUAUCAGGUCAGGUGAACACAUUGACCAAACUGCUCAAGAAUGAAAAAACUCCUUUCUUCAGAAACUUGGUUCUGUUGCCUCUGUUAGUGCAGCAAGAGACAGACCCAGAUAUCCAGAAAGCAACUGAUGGACGAAUACAAGCAUUUAACCAUGAAGUUGUUCCAGACUACUUACGAACAAAGUAUGACCCUGAGAUUGAGGAAUCUGAACAGAAGCUGGAAACCUUGGCAGCAAGCAUUCCUCCAGAUCAAGCUCAGAGGCAGAAAGAAAUAUUGAAUGAACUUGCCAACAAUCUGAUUGCAGUCAUUGACAGUGCAAGGGAAGACUGGGAAGGAGAGCAAAGUGCAGCAUCAAGAAGUUCAACUACUGUUAAUCCUGACAUCAACACUCUGGUAUCUGCUGUCACAUUUGGAAAAGGACUUAAACCUGCUAAAAUCGCAAAAGGACGAGGUUCAAAAGCAGACAAAGCGCAAACUGGCUGGCCCAGCGACAAAUCUUCAAACAAAGCUACUAGCUCCGUUAAAGCCGAUACCAAAGCCGCAGCAAAUGUCCAUCCAUAUGCCUCGGCUAACAGACCAAACAGUCGGGCAGGACCUUGAUGACAUUAAAAAAUGACGUCAUUAUGUUGGACGAUAUAUCGCUAAAUCCAAUACCAACAUUAGACCAGCACUGAAGGCCAUUAGUGAAUACAUUAACGCGUGCUCUGUGACUUACGCCGAAUGAAAACGUUGGCUGACUUUUCGCAAAAAUAUUGGUUGUCUUCCUAAAAUACAAACUACCUUUUGAGCCUGGUGGCACAGAAAGGUUGUAAAACUCGAACCAAUUGAUGCUAAAAACCUUGGUUCAAGUUUAGUUAUCGUAAGUUAACGACACUUUGCCAAGAGUUGACUAGGAGAAGUCGGCAAAGUUUUAGCCAUGUUGUUUACGUUUUUCCGGGUUUCGAGCCGUAGAGGUAAAAUAGCAGGAGGUCUUGUUCUUCAACCCAACUCCAUUUGUAUAGGGUAGUGAUAGGAUAGCGUUGUUUGCAAAUAGCGGGAAAUUCUAUUUCGUCUGCUUUCGAUAGGUCGUUUCAUAUUUUCGGGAGUCACUUUCGAAAGACUUAACGGUAAUUUAAAGAUUUAAACUCUAACUAAAUUGAAGCACAGUAACACAUAUAAUAAAACCUCUCUGUCCUAACUGCUCAUUGUUUCUUGGGAAGCUUAAAGCUACUACAGUGACAUCCUUUAUCAAGCCGACGUGCAUUAAGUUUGGUCCGGAAAUUCGCGUCUUAUAUUUAACAAUUAGAUUAUGAGCUCGAGAUUUCUAUUUAAACAAUAGAGUGCUUCUGUCGAGGAACUAUCGGC